AUGACCUCAAAACGCAUUCUGAUCAGUGGCACGGUCCUCUCUCUCCAGGAUAAGCAUGUGUUUUAUCCAAGCUGUAAAAAUUGCUUUUCUAGACUCAGAAUACAGCGGUUAAAGUCAAGGAGCGAAUGUCACAAAUGUGGCUUCAGCUGUGAACCCCAACAUGCUGCCUAUAGAUACCGACUGUUGCUUAAGGUGUCGCGGAACAGAGAUAUAUUCAACGUGACAGUUUUUGGAAGUUGCUUAAAUCACCUCUUCGGUACUUCUGCUGAUGGUUUACAGAGACUGGUGGCUGAAUUAGAGAAGACUCAAAGUUCCGAACACAUAAAACAGCUCUUCAGCAAAGCAGUGGAGGAUUGUUUCAUUGGAAGAUGUUUUAUUUUUGGGAUCAAGAUCUCUUGUAUUCAGAGGGAGGAAAACUUCCUAAGUAAAAAGGCUUCAUGGCUGGAUCUGAAAACACACCGUGGACAGUUUGUGGCCAAUCAGAUAAUUUCCUCCAGCGAUGCUGCCGUUGGCAUCACUGUGGCUGCAUAUUUGGAGAGCCUUCUGCAGGCAGACAGUGCUCUAUCUUCUGCAUAUGUUCCCUUACGUCAUGAGGAGGAGGAGGAGGUCUUGAACAGCUUUGAAUACACACUUCCUUCUUCUUGGAGAUCACACUCGGAGCACAGCAAAGGAGUCAUAACACUCCAAAGUCCAUGGCAGAAAUUGCCUGGGAUAUGCCUCAGUCCUUCACAGCAACAGGAACCCACUCUCCAAGAAUCUAAAAGAGACUCCAUCAUUAGUUCCACUUUGCACAGCAAGUGUGCCACAAUCAAGAAAACUUUCUCAGGGUUUCCCACUGAAGGCUUGUCCCUGAGGUUCAAAAGCCCACAUGCACCUUUUGGAUGUGACAUCCAGCCAACAACACCUGACCGACCAAGACUCAUCCUCAGGCCUGCUGAUCACAACACUUCAGGCAAAACCCCUCCGUCCUUUAAACUUUCCCCUGGCCAAAAGGGACAGACAAAACCUUCAGGUCAACAUCAAGUUAACGCCCAUUUAGCUGAGCUCGGUCAUUCUGUGGCAACUGAGUUUUCUUCAGAAGUCACUUUAGGUACCCAGUCACGAAAAACUGGGCUCAUACCAUUGUGUAAUGUUACGAAUUUGGCAAGGAAAAGAAAAAACAAGCAUGGUUUACACCCUCUAAAAACCCUAUCUAAGGAGAGCUGUUGCAAAGGUGAGAUUCCUAUAGGUCAUACCCCAGAGGCCCUGAGGGAUACACAGAUGACCAAAUCCUCGAGGGAAAAAAGGAGAACAACCAAAGAUAACCAUGAUGUCCUGUGUCUGCAAGAGCGACUUAGAUACUCAAAUUCAGAAGGGCAAGAUAUAUCCUCAUUUCAAUAUAAUUUCAUAAAAACACCACUUUCAAAGACUUUGGAGUCACGAAAAAAUAAUAACCAGAAUUGCAAUGAAGAACUUGUGCAAGAUUUUGAACAAAAUUUGCCUUGUAAAAUCAAGACCACAAUACACCAGAGCACUUUCUCUGACUGUGCUGAUGAUUUUUCCAGAUAUGAUUUUUCUGCAGACUUGUUCUGUGACAGUCAAAAUGGUUUGAACCCAGGUACAUCAGAUGUGGCUACAAUGGGUCCAUUUGUACUGAAUGAAAUGUGGGAAAACUCUGAGAGAAGACAUUUUGAAUUGGAUCAUUCUUAUACACACUAUUUUAUUCCCUUUUCUCAGUCAACUCCUGUUUCACAUGGACAUGACCCACGACCACUUGAAUGGAGGAGCAGAAACCUCAAAAUACAGUCAGACCUGCACUGUGUAAACCAAGAAAAUCCAGAAACUAAAGCAGCUGAUGUGAGCAAAAUGAAAAAAGUUUAUAGAGGCAUCGUUGAAGAGACAUGUGUUCUGAACUCUAUGCUUUGCUUAUCCCAUACUGAAAACAAUGAUGGAGAAUGGUCUAGAGACCUGUUCACAAAUUCAUUCUGAUAUCUGAUGUAUUACACAAUGUUGACUUUCCAUGUCUUUCUUAUCCUACAGUGCUACUUUAGUUUGCCAGUAUCUGGAACCUCAUGAACCUAUUGUCACUGUGAACUUUAAUGUAGCUUUAAUGAGACUAAUGAGUUUGAGUUUUGUGUUC